AGGCAAAAUCCAACUUUUAUUUCUAGCGUUGGUUCCUUCUCCGAAGCCGCACACCAAAACACCAGCACUUCACUCAUCUCUUCAAACAAUAAAAAGCACCAAUUUUCCUGCUGCUACUCACAAACGCCUUAAACUCCGACCAAAAUGAAGCCUGAUUACCCUGCGCUGCGUCACAUCUCCAACUGCUUUGUCAAACCAGAAUUGGAUUGCCUUCCCCAAGAGUCGAAGCAGCCACUACAUUUGAGCCCUUUGGAUCUCCCCAUGCUUUCCGCCCACUAUAUCCAGAAGGGCCUCCUCUUUCACAAACCCCCCGAAGCCUAUCACCAUCCACACACUUUUAUGCCCAAUCUUCUUCACCGCCUCAAAGCCUCCCUCUCCACCGCUCUCCUACAGUUCUACCCACUUUCCGGCCGCCUUGCUACCACCAUCAACGACCAUCCACCUUCCAUCUCGGUCUAUGUAGACUGUGUUAACAGCCCCGGAGCCAAUUUCAUCCACGCCGCCCUCGACACCACAAUUUCUGAUGUUCUCUCCCCCGUUGACGUGCCUUCCGUGGUUCACUCUUUCUUUGACCACGACCGGGCUGUCAACUACGACGGUCAAACCAUGCCUUUGCUCUCCAUUCAGGUAACGGAGUUAUUGGACGGAGUCUUCAUCGGCUGUUCCUUCAACCACGUCAUCGGCGACGGAACCUCCUACUGGAAUUUCUUCAGCAUGUGGUCUGAGAUUUUUCAAGCACCUUCGAAUCAAAUUUCGCGUCCCCCAGUUCUUAAGCGUUGGUUUCCUGAUGGGUAUGGUCCAAUUAUAAAUCUCCCUUUUACCCACACCGAUCAAUUCAUCAGCAGAUUCGAGGCGCCUCAACUUCGUGAGAGAAUGUUCCACUUUUCAGCAGAAUCAAUUGCAAAAUUGAAAGAAAAAGCCAAAACAGAGUGCGGCAGUAAAGGAAUCUCCUCCUUCCAAUCGCUGUCUGCACUUGUUUGGCGUUCCAUAACACGAGCUCGUCGCAUAGCAGAGGAUCAACCCACCAUUUGCAUGAUGGCGGCGAAUGGCAGAGCAAGAUUAGAACCGCCCUUUUCUGAAAACUACUUCGGCAACGUAUUUACAGCAGUGAAAGCGGAAGCAAAAGCAGGGGAGUUGCUUGAAAAAGAGCUUGGAUGGGCGGCGUUGAAGUUGCACGAUGCUGUGGUGAACAUCACCGACAAGAAUUUAAGAGACUCACUUGACCAAUGGCUGCAAUCUCCUUAUACUUUCCAAUUGGGUCGAUUUUUUAGUCCGAAUAGUAUCAUGAUGGGGAGCUCGCCGAGGUUCGAUGUGUAUGGGAAUGUGUUCGGAAUGGGAAAGGCGGUGGCGUUAAGAAGUGGUUAUGCCAAUAAAUUUGACGGCAAAGUGUCGUCAUUUCCAGGAAAGGAGGGAGGAGGAAGCAUUGAUUUAGAGAUCUGCCUUCUCCCGCAAAAUAUGGCAAUGCUGGAAUCUGAUUUGGAGUUCAUGAAUGUCGUCUCUUCCUCGCCUUUUCAGCCCUGUGAAUCAUGAUUCUAUGUCAUAAAAUAUGCAACAAAUCGUGUAUUUUUCAAGAUGAUUUGAUUUACUUUGAAACCCACGAACUGCAUUUUGAAUGUUUUUAUCUUUGUGAGU